AUGUCAAACCCCGCCAUCGAAGAGAUCCACAUUGUGACCAUUAACGUAAAGAUUGGUAUUUUCAACGGUCCAUUGAGACCUGAGAACAACUGGGACGAAAGGCCGUGGACGGAGCGGAAGUCUCGUCUCGUAGAUGCCCUCUUGUCGACUGGCCCGCUUGACAUCCUCGGCGCUCAAGAAGUGUACAACUGGCAGCUCAAAGACCUCGCCGAGCUCCUCGGCCCCAGCCCGAUCUUUUACGAUUGCACCAAAUUCGAUGUGGUCAAAUGGGGUACUACAUGGCUUUCGACGACCCCUGAAAUCCCCGGAUCUAUCGGAUGGGAUGCGGAAAUUACCCGUAUCGCCACUCUACUCACUCUCAAAUACAAAGAUCCUUCCAAGAAGGGAGAGCUCGUACACGCUGUCAACACUCAUUACGAUCACAAAGGUACCACCGCUCGGGCGGAAAGUAGUCUUCUGGUCAGGUCUUCUAUCCGAAAAUGGGUGGAAGACAUAGAGCAGAAGGAGAAGCCCAGUAAGGUCGGCCCUGUCGUCUUCUUCGGUGACUUCAACUCCCCUCCCGAUGAGGACGGCUACCAGAACAUGACCUCUCUCCAUCCCUUGCCUUCCGGCGAACCAUCUAUCACAUUCAUCGACACCUAUACCCAUCUCCUCUCCCUCUCAUCCGCAUCCCCUCCCUCCACCUCAUCAUCCCCUCUGAGCCCCCUUCAAACCCGCCCGUACGGCCCCGCAUUCACCUACACCGACUUUGCCCCACCCAACGCACCCCAAGCCAAGCGCAUUGACUUCAUCCUCCUCGGCGCCGAGGUUGACGACGAGGCCAACAGAGGGACGGUGAGGGGAGGAUGGGAUGUUUUGAGGUAUGCGUGUAUCGAUAAUUAUGUGGAGGGUGAUGUGGAUGGGUGGAAUGCGAGGUGGAGUGAUCAUAGGGCUGUAAGAGCUACCAUUGCGAGGCUCGAUUGA